AUGACGAGCUCGGGAAUAAUGGCUCUUCAUUUAUGUCCCGACUGCUCAGCGCCCACCUAUCCUCAAGUCAUUCAUUCUGCGCUUCUAUAUGCGCUGCUUCUCAUUGUGCUUAUUCGCCCGUUGACGUCACGCUCAAACAAUGACACCCAUAGGCGCCGCGGAGCAACGCGCCCAGAAUCUGGGGAAGCAAAACGAUGCUGAAGAUCGUCAAAGGGGCCUGAGAGCGUGGACAAGUACGCUAGACGAUGAGAUCGAGCAGAUGGCUGAAGACCCUGAGCUGCAACAGCAAGAGAAGGCACCACAGGCUGCUCUACCUCUCGCAAAAGUCUUCUCGCGUAAAUCCACUGCCUCGUUCGACCCAGGACCAGCGCCAGACGGAGGCUUGACUGCAUGGAUUCAAGUCUUUUGUACACAUCUGACCAUUUUUACGACUUUCGGUUUCUUUACGUCAUUCGGUGUUUACCAGACGUAUUAUGAGAAUACACUCGGAAUCGCGCCAUCAACCAUCUCAUGGAUCGGAUCUAUACAAGUGUUCUUCCUGUUCGGCAUUGGUGCUUUCACAGGCCGCGCCACCGAUGCAGGUCUAUUCCGACCAGUGUACGUUGCAGGCACAGUCUUUCAGCUUGUUGGCAUCUUCACUAUGGCCGAGUCUACAAAGCUUUGGCAAUUGUUCCUAUCGCAAGGAGUCUGCCUUGGGAUCGCAAACGGGCUGCAAUUCUGCCCUUCCAUGGCAUUGGUCUCGACCUACUUCGUGAGGAGGCGUGCCUUUGCGCUGGGCUUUACAGCCCUGGGAUCAUGUACUGGAGGUGUUGUCUUCCCAAUCGUGGUGCAGCAGUGUCUGCCAACACUUGGGUUUCCAUGGACUAUUCGCAUAAUUGGCUUCAUCAUGUUGGUCCUUAACGUUAUCACGAUCUCACUAUUCCGAACCCGACUACCUCCACGGAGGACUGGACCGAUCGUCGACUGGGACUCUUUCAAGGAAGCACCGUAUUCACUAUAUUGUGCGGGCAUGUUCUUUGCCUUUUGGGGCUUGUAUUUUGCCUUCUUCUAUGUUGGCUCGUAUGGCCGCAACGUUCUUGGCGUGAGCUAUCAGCAGUCCAUCAAUCUUCUGCUUGUGCAGAUCUGCAUGGGCUUCGUCUUUAGACUGCUACCCACAUACUAUGCGGACAAGAUUGGCAGCCUCAACACCCUGAUUCCGUUUGUUUUCAUUUGCGGCAUCAUGAUGUACGGCUGGAUCGGUGUACAUUCGGUAGGAAGCCUGUAUGCGUUCGCCGUUAUUUAUGGCUCUGCCAGCGCUGUAAUCCAAGCCCUGUGGCCUGCGGUCAUCGGAUCACUGAGCCGUACCCCGGAUUUGAAGAAGACCGGUGUGAGGAUGGGGAUGGCGUUUACGAUUGUCUCAUUCUCGAGCUUCACAGGGCCGCCACUAGCAGGCGCACUCAUUCAACAGCAUGGCGGGAUCUAUACAUACGCCAACGUGUGGGCCGGGACCUCCUUCUUUAUGGGUGGAUCGUUGCUGGUUGCGACUCGCUUUGCGCUGGUAGGGUGGGAUUGGAGGGCGAGAGUAUAGAUGUUCAGCAUACUAGAUCCUGCCCCUUUUCCAACAACAAUUGUCCGACGGAGCUAUUGCCCAUCCCAUGGGCUAGCUCAUUAAGUCAGCACUCCCGCGUACCUGCGCGAUAUAUAGUCUGUUUCCUUCACAGUAGCAAAAAACAUCAUCAGUCAA